UAUAAAUUAUGAAGUUUAGAGAGAGACGGAAGAAGGACAUGGGAAAGAGAAAUUUCAGAAUAAGAGAGAUCAGCUUUAUACCUCAAAUAAUCCUUGAUCAAUGCCGAUGCCAUGAAAAUAAAGCAACCAAUCAAUUUGAUGAAAGUAUCACAAUAUAUGAUAAUGAUGAGGAGCAAUCUCUUCCUUCCCCUCCCAUGGUUAUGGCUCCGUUAUUCAACUCAAAGUAUUAUGACAUUUAGAUCCUGAAGAUUCAAUGAGUGAUGCCAUUGUCCUUGCUACGAUAUACAGCAAGAGGAAUUACAGAAUCUCAAAGAGAGAGUCUCUCAGCUUGAGAAAUUGCUCGGGAAGGUUACGAGUAACCAAAACAAUGGACAAGGUAUGAGAAGAGAACAAACCAAGGAAAACCUAGUACAUAAUAUUUUACAGCCCAGUAUUGCCCUCAAGCAGAGAGACAAUGUAGACCAGGAAAUAUAAAAAUGAUCAAUACUAAGGCACUUAAGAAGAAAUAUUCUAAAAUACUCUCUAUGAAGAGUUAUCAAUGUGAUAAGAAUGUUGAGCUUAAGAAUUCUAACUCAGGAGAAACAAUUGAUAUGCCUCAGAAUAUAAGCAAGAGUGUUAGUUCAAUAACUGAUAGUCAUUUCUCACCUUCAAAGCAAGAUUUUGAUGAAGCUAUAUCGCAUUAUCAGAGCGCAUCUCAGAGUGUAUCUCAGACAAAAGAGGGCUGUGUCGAUCAAAAUGCAAUAUUGACUGACGAGAGUUUAGCAGUUCCAAAGCCAAUGGCUAAUAAUUGCCUGAGGUAUUCAAUGGAAUUUAAUCGUUUGAAAUCUCAUAACUCGAACAUACAAACUAAUUCUUUCCCAAGAAGAUUCUUCCAAGAUACAGUCCAGCUGACUUACAGUGAAUCGUCAGAUUCAGAUGCGCUUUAGGACUGCAAAUAGAGCAUGAUUGAUGCAUUAAAUUUUAUAUGAUUAUUACCAAUCCCAU